CACUUCUAUCGAGACAAUUGGUUUAUGCUUGAGCUCCUCACUCCCACGCCGAUCAGCAAGUACAAGGAGACACCACGCAAAGAAUCACUGCUAUAGCUGCCAUCGACCAUUUUCAGCGCAUCAAAGCUCGGCACGUAGUUCUGAAUCAACAAUGCCUACAAAAUCGGAAAAGAGAGACGUGGCAGUCGCGCGACCGAGUUCAAGUAUCGUCCUCAUCUCCCCAGAAAAUGAAGUCCUACUCCUACACCGAGUGAGAACUUCCACAUCAUUCGCAUCAGCGCACGUCUUUCCUGGAGGCAAUAUCUCUCCCCACCAAGACGGAGAAUUCGAUUGCGCAGCAGAAGAUCCGCGGCGACAUUUCGAUGCACUCAAUUAUCGGAGAGCUGCUAUUCGGGAAUUGUUUGAGGAGAGUGGGAUUUUACUUGCUAAAGAUAGCGGUGCGACGGAUGGUAGGUUGAUACAUGUAGAUGAUGCGGUGAGGGAGAAGGGAAGACAUGAUAUUCAUAAUAACAAGAUUGGAUUUGGGGAAUGGUUGAGGGGGCAGAAUUCCGCUGCUGAGAUGGAUACAGAUAAUCUGAUACCUUUCACGCAUUGGAUAACACCACCGAAUCUACCAAAAAGAUUCUCAACGCAGAUGUAUCUUUACUUUUUACCCAUUCCAGGCUCAUCGGCAAAUGAAUCUAUUACAGCACAGGGAUUACCGGAAGGAGGUAGACAGGAAGUGCAAAUACCCACUUCAGACGGCGGGAUAGAGAUCAACGAAGCACGAUUCUUACCAGCAUCGAAAUGGAUACAGCAGGCUCAAGCGGGCAAGAUAAUUCUCUAUCCGCCUCAAUUCUUGUUACUUUCUAUCGUUUCGCAGUUCCUGGAUCGAAGUACCUCUGCUGCUUCUAGUUUGGCAGAGAAAGAAGGGCGAAGAAAGGGGCUACUUGACUUCAUUCACAGCGAAAAUCCGCCGUGGACAGAUAAGUUUGUAUGUCCACGAAGUCUGCAAUUGCUUGAUGAUCAGAGGGUCGUUCUUGCAUUAGAUCAUCCGGGGCCGGAAUUACAUGAUUCGGGGAAAAAGGGAGAUUUUGAACGAGUGAUUUUGGUGAAGUUUGGCAAGGAUGGGCCUAGGAAUGUUGAGGUGCGAUGGAAAAAGGAUGUACUAGAAGCGACAAAAAGUGUUUUAUAAAAAGAUAGUUUGAUAGUCGAUUAUUUACACGCACUAU